GUUACAGGAUUUCGUGUAAGCCUCUGAUAUGGUAUUAGCCAACAAAACCACAAAAAAAACCUCUGAUAAGCCGAUAGUUAGCGCAAACACAUUUCGAAAUAUUUUCUACCCUGACGGUUCCGGUUGGACUAAUGUCGAUUAGACGAAUGCUCUCGAAUCGCUGGACUUCUGGUAGAAGCAGUUCAUAGAUAAACCAUAUUGUACCGUCGGCAAUUUGAGUUUCUACUGACUGUUUUCUUAAUAACAGUAUCGAGUAACUCUCGCUCGGAAUGAAUGAUCUGGGACAGCCCGCAUCAAAAAAGGCACGAGUAGCAACUGAUGGCAGUGACGGUCUAAGUAUGAUACAAUCCAUCCUAUCGGACGAGUUUUGUGAGCCACCCCGUAUGGUAGAGGUUUAUGUUGGCCGCAUUCUCAACGCAAGCCACACAUGCAAAUUGAUAGCAGAAUUGAAUCGCUGUUUGCCAAUUCCUCGGCUGCAACAUUUGAAACGCGUCGGUCGCGAUGGAAUGAUCAUUCUCGCAGAAACUAUCCACUUACAAGAGGUGUUGAAUGCAAAUAAACCUGAUGAUGUUGACGGUACGAACAGUGUAAAAGGGACCGAUGCGAAUAUAAGUGGUAGUUUAGCUGCUUAUUUUAAGCUAAAAAAUGUUGAAGCUGAGCUGAUCGAUAAUCUUUGUCAUAGCAUUUCUAAACGUGAAGUUGCUCUAAACCAACCUAAACUGAGGUGGCAGUUUGAGAUUGCAAAUUUACGUUGGUCUUGUAAGUUUCAUCCAGACAAAUAUUUGGAGUCUUUAUAUACGAAUACAAAUUUCAGCAGCACCGAAAGGACUUAUCAUAUAAUGAUGAUGUCUGCGUGUUUAUAUCUAAUGAAACAGUUCGAUGGUAACCCAUUUGGUAUAUGUGUAAAUCCAAAGAUAAAUCGUGUAGCUGCUAUCGGCAUGGGUCAAAGUGACCAGCACCCGAUGAUGCAUUGCCCCAUGGUGCUGAUUGAUAAUGUGGCCGUCUCGCAAAAUGGUGGUGCAUGGCGUGCUGUUUGCCAGCAGGCUUUACCAGAAGAAAGUAAAUUCGUUUUUAGCGGAAUCGAAGCAGAAUACAUGCGAAUCCUAAACGAUAAGUUUAACAUAAUCAAGUUUGGGGCACAACCAGUCCAAACAGAAGCUGUAAGCGAAAUAGAUGUUACACCACACGAGGACAAUCUUGCCAAGUACGGACCUUAUCUCUGCACUGGUUACGAUAUAUAUUUAACGCACGAACCGUGUGUUAUGUGUGCGAUGGCAUUAGUACACAGUCGAGUGAGGCGUGUAUUUUUCCACUUUAAAACUAAGAAAGGAGCCUUGGGAUCUAUCACCAAGGUUCACUGUGUGAAAGAGCUAAACCAUCAUUAUGAGGUUUUUCAAGUAGGCUGACUAGUGGAAUCACCGUGUAACGUAAUC